UUUUUUCCCAUAUUCUACAUACAUUUAUCUAUUUUUCUACAUAAUUUCCAUUUUUGUUCAAACGUCAUACCGCUCAACAAUUUUUUUGAAUUUUGACUUCAAAGAAAUAUGCUGCCUGUGAAAAAGCCCAAUCCAUGACUGUAGUUUCGUCAUCGUUGAACCAUUAACCACCAAAAACUCCUUUAAGUAUUGAAACAAGUGAAAAUCACUGCAUGCAAGGUCUGGACUGUAAGGUGGAUGAUCCAGUUGUUCCCAUCCAAAAGAACUGAUUAGACCUUGUGUUUGUGCAGAAACAUGUGGCUUUGCAUUGUCAUGGAGCAACAUCACACCAGAAGACAGUAGACCGCACCGCUUGUUUUGUAUGGCACGCCGGAAUUUUUUCAAGAUCACACAAUAUGCAUCACUUUGGUUGGUGAAGAUGUGCAUCGCUAUUCCAUUGACUGUUGCUUGGACUCAGGAAUCAUGUGAGACAUCCAAGUCUCAUCUCCUGUAACAAUGUGGUCCAACAAUUCAUCUUCUUCCUGAUUAUAUAGAGUCAAAAACAAUAAAGCACUGCCCAAUCUUUUUGUUUUGUGAUCGUCAGAAAGCAGGAACCUACCGAGAACACAAUUGUUGAUAAUUCAGUUUCUCCAAAACAACGGUAUACAAAACUGAUCUUGAAACCUGUGGAAAUUCAAUUGAAAACAUUGAAAUCAUGAAUUGUCUGUCCUUUUGAAUAUUGUUAUCCACAUCACAAACCAAAUCUUCAGAAAUCAGAGGUGGUCUGCCAGGGUGUGCCAGCUUAUCAUGCACAUUAACCUGCCCGUCCUUGAACAUUCUUGCCCACUUUUGAACUUUACUGUCACUCAUAGCAUUGUCACCAUAACUUCACAAAUCUGACAGUGAAUUUCCACUGCUGCCAAGUUUCUUGCACUCAAGAAUCGAAUAACAGAUCGUAUCUCACAGUCAGCAGAUCAUCAUGUCAAGUGAUACAGCAUUUGCCUUAAAAUAUCUUGGAGAAGUAGAAGAGAUGGCAGAAGAAAUUUUAGCUGACAAAGAACAAGUAGUGAAUUUAGACUGUAGAAGGAAUAAGAAUAGAGAAGCUCUCAGUGCAUUGAAAAAAGAAAUGAAAAAUAAUUCUACAGAAAAGAAAUGUUGGAUUUGUUUUGGCAAUAUGUUUGUGAAGUUACCUAAACCAAAAGUAAAAGAAAUUUUGGAGAAAGAGCAAACACACUUAAAAGAAGAAAUUGGUAAUCUUUCAAAUAAUUUAAAACAAAAAGUAGCAAAAUUGAAUGAUAUGGAAGGAAAACCACCAUUGAUAGGUUUUAAUCUUCAGCCAUUGUCUAAUGAAGAGAAAUAUGCAAUAAAAUCUGCUUUUAAACUUUAAUAAUGUGAAAAUACUGUAUUGAACAGUUUAAAAUAUAAAAAGCCAACAAAAUAUUUAUUAUUGUACAAAGUUUUGUUUUUAAUAAAA